CCUUGCCUGGGCUGGAAACCACGACGGAAGCUUGAUGAUCGGUCAGGUCUCUCACGCUGGCCGUCAGGUUCAGAGCCGGCUGAACUCCGACCCCGUCUCAGCGUCGGCUGUCCAUCUCACCAAGGAGGUCUGGGGCAUGAAGUUUGCCAAACCGCACGCUGCUAGCCACCAAGAAAUCAAGGGUCUUGUCGAAGCAUUUGCGCAUGCAGCCGAGUAUCUUUACAAGGCCGGCUUUGACGGUGUAGAGCUCCACGGUGCUCACGGCUACCUGUUGUCUCAGUUUCUUUCUCGCCGGACCAACCAGCGUACUGAUGAGUACGGCGGUUCCAUCGCAAACCGAGCUAGGAUCAUUGUAGAAAUCGUUGCUGCAAUCAGAAAACGAAUCCCCCUUUCCGCUGGCUUCGUUCUCGGCAUCAAACUCAAUUCGGUCGAAUUUGACGAGAAGGGAUUCACUCCCGAAGAGUGCGGCGAGCUCUGUGUACUCCUCGAACAGCAGUGCCAGUUCGAUUUUGUAGAGCUCUCCGGCGGCACCUACGAGGACAUGGCAUUUGAGCACAAGAAUGAAUUCACCAAGAAGCGCGAGGCCUUCUUCCUGGAGUUUGCCGAAUCGAUCGUGCCAAAACUCAAAGACACCAAGGUCUUUGUCACGGGAGGGCUUCGCACCGUUAGCGCCAUGGUCAAGGCACUGGACGUAGUUGAUGGAGUUGGGCUGGCUCGCCCGCUCUGCGCAGAGCCUAACCUGCCCAGGGACAUCUUGGAGGGCAGAGUGAAGACGGGAGCCGUGGUUCUGAAGAUCAACAAUGCAGAUUACGGCCUGACGGAGACAGCGGCAGGAACUCAGAUCCGACAGCUUGGCAGAAAUCAGACCCCGAUGGACCUCACCAAGGACGACGUCGUCGAGGCGUUCAACAAGAGUGCUGAGAAGUGGGAGGCGGCCUUGGAGGCGGACGGAGACAAGAUGGAGGUCUACGGCUACGUUGAUUUGGAGGGAGUCGAGCUGGCUCCGAUGAGGAGCGAAGACAAGUCAUGUAAACUUUAGAGAGGUAUGUUAGCUAGACAAGGUAGCGGGACAGCGUGUGC